CCUCCCCCUCUCGCUCCGUCCGGCGACGCAACCGAGCUCAGGCGGCGGCGGCGAAGGCCGCGUCGACCCCGCGCAGCGCAGGCGCCAUGGCCGCCCCGGAGGCGCCCACCUGCUACGUCGGGAUCGCGCGGCAGUCCGCCGCCUUCCGCCUCAUGAAACAGAUGGGCUGGGAAGAAGGUGAAGGCCUUGGUAAAGAUAAGCAAGGCAUAAAGGGGCAUGUUAGAGUGAAAAACAAGCAGGACACACUUGGUGUUGGUGUAGAUAGUCCUCAUAACAAAUGGGUAUAUGACACCACCCAAUUUGACAAUAUACUAAAGAAACUGAAAGUGCAAUCUGCUAAUCUUGCUAUAAAAGAAGCUGAGGAUGAUGCAAGCAAUUCGCCUGAUAGUAUACCCAAGAGCGCUAAAGCGACAACUGAAGAAGUUACUAAAAUUACCCGACCCCAAGGAAGAUAUAAGAAAAGAGAGAGGGGGAAAAGUGUGAGUGGUUAUUCAGCAAAAGAUCUUGAAGGCAUACUUGUCCGCAAAAAUGAUGAAAGCUGCAAACUCGACCAGGAAGUUGAACCAACAUGUUGUGAUGAACCUGAUCUCACCAUCUGUCAGGAUGCAGUAUCCCAAGCUGAUGAUGUGAACUGGUGGGGGCACAAAUUUGGAUUUAAGUCAGGAGGAUUUCUAGGAGCAAAAUCGCGCAAGAACAAAUCUUCUGCAACAAAAGAUACUUCAAAUAUCCGCCAGACCUUUUGGGAAGACGACCAAGAAAACCUAUACAAUCUUGUUCAGGACAAAGCUACAUCUGGAAAGCAGGGUCUUGGCAUUAAGAGUCUGCCAAUUAAAGUCGCGGGACAUCGUUGGAAAGGGAACAAAACUUCUUUUGGUGAUAGUGAUGAGGAAAAUUCAGCCCAAUCCAAUGAAUUAUCAGAGUUGGAAGAGGAUGGUCAUGAAGAGGAAUCUGCUAAAGAUGUGGAAUUAGUAGAUGCCAAGAUGAAUACUGUGACAGAAGUGUGUGUAGAUGUUAAACAUAAACCUAAAACCAAGGUCAAGAAACUUUGCAAAACAAUUCUUCGUCAGGCCCCAUCUCAGUCUAUGAAACUGAAGGAACUUAAGGUAGCCGUUGAAGCACAUUCAGAGUCUAUGUUCUCCAACUUCUCUUGUAGGCGUGAAGCUCUACUCUUCUUAAAGAGGAAGCUCCAAGGAAGCAGAAAAUUCAAUAUUGAUGGUAAAAGGGUGCAGCUUGCAUCGUAAAUUACGAGGCCGUUGGGGUGUGACUGAAGCCACUGUCGUCAUAUUAGAUUAUGCUAGUGCUUCAUAUGAGUAUACGAGUACAGAGCGCAUUAUGCUCUGCAGUAUAAUAGAUGUAAGAAGUAUUAAUACCCUCACGCGUGGGGGUCAAAUUUUGCAAAACUUAAAGGCGGCUGAGGUGCUAAUUACGAGUAAACUGUUGUGUACAUUUGUUUUCCUUAUCUUCUUCCAGCAAAACUGUCGAUCUGUUCUUAAUACCAGUGCACAUUAUUGUACCUUAGCUGUUGUAUUUUCAGUUAUUAUUAUUCUG